AUGGGUCGACCACUAAAGUUCCAUGAGCAGAAGCUGCUAAAGAAGGUUGAUCUGCUGGAAUGGAAAAAAGAGCACAACUUGCAUGAAAUUAAGGUCAUCCGUCGCUAUCGUAUUCCAGAUCGUGAGCAAUACCAUAAGUAUAAUCGAUUAGUGGGUCACAUUUCUAAAGUCGUUGCGAGGCUUAAAAAGCGCCCAGCAAAUGACCCAUUUCGCGUUAAGACCACUACGGCACUUCUGGACAAGCUGUUUAACAUGGGACUAAUUCAAACAAAGAAAAGUUUGAUCAAAGCUGAAGAAGUCAAUGUUUCCUCGUUUUGUCGCCGCCGUCUGCCUGUUGUCAUGGUGCGUGUUAAAAUGGCCGAAAGUAUUAAAGAAGCCACGACGUUUGUAGAGCAAGGUCACGUUCGUGUGGGCCCCACAGUCGUCACAGAUGCAGCGUUUUUAGUCACUCGUUCAAUGGAGGACUUUGUUACGUGGGUUGACAGCUCCAAGAUCAAGCGAACUAUCAUGAAGUACAACGACAAAUUGGACGACUAUGACCUUCUUGGCAACUAG